CUCGGAGAUGGACCGGGACCAGGAGUCCAGCAUCAGGACCAGAGCGGGAUCUUCCUCUGGUCUGCAGAAACAUAAAGGCAAAGAGAGACCCACAAGUUAUCGUUGUGAUCACUGCAAGAAAGUCUUCACCACUUCAUCACGUCUGAGAAAACAUAAGAUGAUUCACACUGGAGAUAAACCGUUCAGGUGUGAUCAGUGUGGAGCAGCUUUUACCCAACAAAGUCAUCUGAAGAUUCACCAACGUAUUCACACUGGAGAUAAACCGUUCACUUGUGAUCAGUGUGGAGCAGCUUUUACCAGACAAGAUUGUCUAAAGAUUCACCAACGUGUUCACACUGGAGAUAAACCGUUCACUUGUGAUCAGUGUGGAGCAGCUUUUACCCAACAAAGUCAUCUAAGGACUCACCAACGUAUUCACACUGGAGAUAAACCGUUUAGGUGUGAUCAGUGUGGAGCAUCUUUUACCCAACAAAUUCAUCUAAGGACUCACCAACGUAUUCACACUGGAGAUAAACCGUUCAGAUGUGAUCAGUGUGGAGCAGCUUUUACUGAGUCAGGAACGCUAAAGAUUCACCAACGCAUUCACACUGGAGAAAAACCAUUCAGAUGUGAUCAGUGUGGAGCAUCUUUUACCCAACAAAGUCAUCUAAGGACUCACCAACGUAUUCACACUGGAGAUAAACCGUUUAGGUGUGAUCAGUGUGGAGCAUCUUUUACCCAACAAAGUCAUCUAAAGAAGCACCAAAGUACUCACACGAGUGAUCAACUCUAAAGAUUUGAUCAGUAUGAAGUGUGGAAUUGCAAAAAACAC